AUGGGCACGAAGCACCUGACGGAGGCGGAUCGCCUGCGGGCGCGAACGCUCUUCUUCGAUGCCGGACUGCCCAAGGCACGUAUCUGCCAGAUCACCGGCUUCAGUCUUAACCAGGUCAAGCUGGCCAUCCGCGAAAAGACGCCCAAGACACGGUCUGGACGGCCCCCACGGCGACGGCUGGGUGCGGCAUCUGCCGCAGCGGCGUCGAGCAUGGCUGGCGAGACACCAGUCGGCGUUGCGCCGGACGCAGAGGAUCAGGCGAUCGUCCACGGACACAAUGGACACGGUGAGCAAGGAGAUGCCAGCGCACUGGGAUUGGCCCAUUUGUCGGUGCCGGCGCCCCCGCCGAUGGUGGACGACGUGGCGGCUGAUGCAACCAACGCGGCGCGCCGCUCGGGCAACCAUAUGCCGUCUCUUCACCACUAUGGGCAGCAACAGCAACAGCAACAGCAGCAUCAACAGCAGGACUCUCUCCACCAUGGCCACCAUACUGUGAAAUGGGAGCCAGGGUACCAUCAACAGGCUCCCUACUACGCGUCGUGGACUCAGCCAGUCCCGGGAAGUCCCAACUCUGCCGUCGGUGGCCAUCGUGGAUCUGCUACGCCUGCUUCGCCGACUCUACCAUUGCCGACCACUUCGGGUCGUAUGCUUCCAACGGUCGCGCCUCUAGGCAUUCCGUCUCCAUACUCCUCGGCCAACAGUCGUGGUGACGGCAGUGUCAGCGGCAGUGUCAGCGGCAGGGACGGGCGAAGCAGUGACGGUCACGAUGUCUCGUCGUCAACGUCGUCAUCGUCGCUUGCGUCCUCAGCCACGUCUUACUCGUCUAUGUCGUCUUCUGUGUCUGGGGGUGGCUUUUCGCUACCUUCGAUUCUCGCAUCGGCGAUGGGCCCGUGA